UCAUGAUAACUCGACAAACAGUUCUUCUUCGUCUGAGGUAAUCUUCAUGUCUUUUCAUAGUAGCAUGCGAUAGUAAAUCCAUUACUGGCUCGCUCCAGCUCACCACUCCAGACAGUUACUACAAUCUUCAGAAGGGCAAUAUUCCAUAUGUCAGCUGUGAUCAAAGCUCUUAUCCUGGAUUGUUUGAUGUCAACAGGAUGCUUGACACCGUGGCUGGCGACAACCCACAGGCCAUUAUUCUUUUUAGCAAAUCAGCUUCUGGAUGCUCGCUCACCCCCAAUAGCGGAUUCAGCUUUCAGAUGCUCUACAGCAUGACGAACUCGAAUGAAGGCAGUGCAAUACAAACUGGCCUGUUGAAUCGGCAACAAAUAUCUGCCCAGAUUGGGCCGGACAAUUCCAAUUCCAAUUCAAGCUCGGGCAAUAAUAAUAAUUCUGGUGGCAAUGGUGGCAAUGGUGCUGGAACUCCUACCACCGCUGUGGCCAUGAUUAUCCUCUACAGCGUAACAGGCGUCAUCACUGCUCUGUUUUUGCUCAUUAUUGUCACGGGUGCUGUCCGUGCCCAUCGUCACCCUGAACGUUAUGGACCCCGGAACGUGCUUGGACGCACCCGGCAGAGUCGUGCCAGAGGCCUUGCUCGUGCCAUGUUGGAUACAAUUCCGAUUGUUAAAUUUGGCGAAGCACAUGAGCAACCCAAGCCUGCGGACCAGGAUGUGGAGUUGGCCAAUACGGCUGGUCAGCCAGGAAAUGAGACUACCGCCACUGGAGGUGGGACCAAGCAUGGUGGAAUCGAAUCUGCUGCCGAAGUCGUUGCAACCCCAAGUGAUGGCGCUUCCACUACUAUGCCUGGGGCCUCAGCCUCUCAUGAUCCCGCUUCUCAUGAUCAAGUCCAGCCUGUGUCCUCAGCAGACCACCUUGAAGAGCAUCAGCCGGCAACAAACAGCAACGAGGAAGGUCUCACAUGUUCCAUUUGCACUGAUGAGUUUGUCAAGGGACAGGACAUCCGUGUGCUUCCCUGCAAUCACAAAUUCCAUCCUGAAUGUGUUGAUCCAUGGCUGCUAAACGUCUCAGGAACUUGUCCGUUGUGCCGUAUUGAUCUCCGUCCUACUACCUCUCGCACCUCGGAAAAUGACCGCCAAGAAUCUGAUUCCCAUGAUCAUGGACGCAAUGGCCUUCCUCCGCCACUUGCCGCUGAUGCCGAAACUGCUACCGGCGGCCCAGGAAAUCGCUCCUCUCGUCGCUUUAGCGCCUUCAUUCACCAGACACUUGGCCCCAGCCGGAUGCAAGACGCCACUGCUGAAGAACGCAUUGCUGUUUUACGUCGAUUCCGCGACCACUGGCGACAGAACAAUGAAACCUCUGCUUCUGACCGUAAUGGAUCUGGUGUUGCGCCUAAUUAUCCCGAUGGCGAGCAAGAUCGCUCAACCCGUCAACGCCUGAAUGCCCGAUUCCGCGAUACAUUCCACAUUCGCACUCGUCGCCGGGAUAGCAUGCUUGUAGGAGCAACUCACGAUCAGCAUGGUCCAACGGCUUCAUCUGCUUCGAACAACGAUCAGCCGCCUCCGGAAGUAAACGGCGAUCCUGCUUCGCGGGUCUAAGCCCUGGUCCUCCAUUGCCUCGCAUUGCAUGACACAGUGUUUCUCGAUUGUUAUUUCUCAUCGGUCUUUUCGCCUUCUCUCGGAAUUCUCGGCUUCACCACAAGAAGACAUGGGAUUUACAAGCGAGCUACAAUAAAAUCUAGCGCUUUUAGUGGGGGCAUUUUUGUUCCUCACAG